UGGCGAACAUUCCCUGAAGGCAGCAUCGGGGUGGGCGGCCGCGUUAAACACAUUGUGCGCAUUUGGCUAGCUAGCCACUCGGCGUGAACGCACACCAUUAUGUCGGGGAAGAGCUUUCGAGUAAGCGACGGGGACUGGAUAUGUCCUGAUAAAAAGUGCGGAAAUGUCAACUUUGCAAGGAGAACAAGCUGUAACAGAUGUGGAAGAGAGAAAACCACCGAGGCCAAGAUGAUGAAGGCAGGAGGAACAGAGAUAGGGAAGACGCUGGCGGAGAAGAGCCGAGGCCUUUUCAGCGCAAACGAUUGGCAGUGUAAAACAUGCGGUAACGUUAACUGGGCACGGAGGUCAGAGUGCAACAUGUGUAACACUCCAAAGUAUGCCAAGCUUGAAGAGAGAACAGGUUACGGUGGAGGUUUUAAUGAAAGGGAAAAUGUGGAGUACAUUGAGCGGGAGGAAUCUGACGGUGAAUACGAUGAGUUUGGGAGGAAAAAGAAAAAGUAUCGCGGGAAGAGCAACAGCACGUCUUCUUCAAAAGGAAGCGAAAAGAAAGAAGCGGCAAAAAAGGUGGAAGAGGCGGAAGAAGAGGAUGACGACGAUGAAGACGGCGACCUGUCCAAGUACAAACUGGACGUAAGCGCCCGCGUCUUUCUCCCUCGUGCCCCCACAGAAUGCGAUGUCAAUUCCUUUGUAGCACGACGCUUUCCAAUAACACCACAGGAUGAAGACGAAGACGACGAGGACGGCGACCUGUCCAAGUACGACCUGGACGCCAGCGAUGAGGAAAAGGAGCAAGCCAGGAAGGCGGGCAGCCGCUCGGCUUCGUCCCGCUCCCGCUCGUCCUCCCGCUCGUCCAGCUCCAGUUCUCGGUCGAGGUCCAGGUCCCGUUCUCGGAGCUCCUCUAGUUCCCGCUCUGGAUCUCGCUCGAGGUCCCGCUCCAGAUCCAGCUCCAGGUCUGGGAAGGGCUCCUCGCCCCGGAAGAGGUCCGUCUCUCCUCCCUCCUCGCCCAAGGGGAGACAGAAGCGCAGUCGCUCCAGGUCGUCAUCUGUGGGGAGAAAGCGGAGACGUUCGAGAUCCCGUUCGUCCGAAAGACGCAGCAACCGGUCCUCCGAAUCCUCCCAUUCUGGCUCCAGUUCCAAAAAGAAAUAAUUUUUACUUUAUAAAACAAGAAGAACCUCAGUCCAAGUGCAUGUUACCCUGUGAGGAACCUCAUCCAGACAGUCCACCGUUCAGUUUCGUUUUUUUUUUUUCUAAUUGUUGCUCUUAUUUCUCCCAGUGAAAGCACACUUGAGCUUAGCUAGCCUGUGACAAGUGUCUGCUAAUACAUCCAUGGCCAUGGAAUGCAAAUGUUGGUCCACUCGCACACCAUGUGUCCUGUUAACAGCAUCCAGCUCAUGGUCUGAGUGGAAGUAUCUCUGUAACUUCUCCUUUAAAGACGCUGCGUCUUUUUUUUUUUUUUUUUUUUUUUAACAUGACAAA